UGGCGCAGGUUCGUCCGCAGUCGUAGUAAAUACGUGCACGAAUCAGGCUGAUUGCGGUGCCCCAUUCCCGGAACCUGCCAAUAGAUUUUCAGUUUUUACCGAACAGCUACAGAUCGCUUAAAAGAAUGUCAAAUUCAGUGUAGUGCGCCCCAGUCACGUGUGCUUUGAGCGGAUAAUUUUCUGUGAUAACUGAAUCUAGUGGGACCCCUUUUUUUAAAAAAGAAAAACUGCGAAACAUGAAAAACAUGUCGUCAAUCAGCGACACCCCGACCAAGGUUCGGAGCCAACCGAAGAUGUUGCUGCGCAGCACGUCCUUUCAGAAGCUGUGCUCCAUACCGUACAAUUUCAAACUAGAAGCCAUCCGAACCUACCAGGAACACAUCAAGACGGUCAUCAAGGUUCUCAAGAUCCAGGCUAGGGCACACAUCGUUUCGAUCUAUUUGAAAGUGUUCUCCAUUAUGCUCGGCCACGAUCGGGAUGUAAAGAUGCAACCGGCACCCAAGCAAGAAUCCAUCAAGCCGAUCGGUUCACCAUCGUUCAUUAGUGGCAUGAACUGUCCGUACGAUCAGCAGAGAGAUCGUUCGAUCGAACGAUUGCACUGCGACAAGCCUUACACAUCAUCACGGCUGUUAAAGCUGUAUCUGACCUCGGUUCAAACCUGCCUGGCCUACAGCUGCGUCCUGUACGUUGGCUUCCAGAUCGUCUUCCUGCUGCACAUUCUGUACUGUUCGGCCGCCAUUCCGUUUGGGCUCAUAUUUCUAAUUGUCGAUCUUGCCUACAUGGGAUUCAUCUUAUCGAAGAUAGCGCAAAGGGGAAAAUAUUGCCCCGCACAGCCAUGAGGAAUACUUGUGCGCGCUGCCUAGAACCACCAGGACUCGUUACGAGAGGAGUCCCCCCCACAUGAGCUGAUAUGAGAGAUUGACUACCAAAUCACCGUUCUGCACCGAUUCCUACAGAUAGUGUUUUCCUUUUUUUUUGCUGUCUGCCAAAAGCCUACGACGGAACGAUCUGUGCAAUCAAAGUGUGGACUACGGAAGCACUAGUAGUAGCACCACGCAUUGAUUGUCUCGCGAUAGUGGCCAGGACGGUAGCACGCACCUAUACCAACAGAAACUAUAAAGCUACUGCUGCUGCUGCCUACCAUAGACACGAUGGUAGUAAAAUGUGUAAAUGAGCAUUAGGGAAUGCGAGCGGGAGCUGUGAGUAAAUAAAGCCAGAAUUAUACCUAGAGGUGUAGUGCGGCGCAAUGAAUGCGACUAGAACACACCAGCAUGGCAGCG